AUGACGCCCAAGGGAUCUCGCAAGAGAGUCAAGCCCAGCCCGUCCGGCGCGGACUCGACCCCCGCAGUGACGAGGAAUGAUACCCGAGAUUGUUCGGGCUCUGAGUCGCGGGGGCGCAGUGCCUUAAUUGUUGUUCUGAUUCAGAGCUGGUAUCCCGGGUCCUGGUCGGCUGUCUCGCGAGUGUCCAAAGCGGCCCCAGUUACCGAGGUUGCCCGUGAGAGCAUCUCGGUCGCGAAAAACGUAGCUUCCAAUGUGACGAAGUCAUCGACCUCUCUUCUUGACACCCCAAGACAAAACCAAAAUCCCUCGAUUCAGCUCACUCGCAAGGCGGGUGCCUCAACCCGGUCUCUGCCCGCCGACGUGACGACGACUCGGGUUAACAUUGCGUCGGAUGGUUCGGCCUCUACAACAGCUGUCGACAAACUCGACAACCCCGUAGCCGAAGGAUCAAAAACGCCCUGCAAAGAAGCGCCCUGCGAGGGUGUCAGCAAACCUCUGGAAGAAUCGGCCAAGGAACAGGAGCCUACCCCUGGCGCUGCCACCGAACCUGCCACACCACAUGCGGGACAUGCAGUGGCCCCCGAACAGCCAAACGGGUGGUUUUCAUGGCUCCAUAGGUCGAAUACUGCGGACAAAGACGCUGCAAAUGCCCCAUCUGCUGUUGAGACAGAAGCAAGACCAUCAGUCGAGGAUCCAGCUACGACGCAAGUCAUCCCCCAGCCGGCUGUGGCCGUGAAGGACUCGACAGAGCAGGAGGAACAACAAAUACAAGGUCAAAAACAAGAAUCAGAGGCUAAUAAGGAUAUUGCGGGAAAUAAUUCAACUCCCCAGAAGCGGUCGUGGCUCCAGAUGUGGUAUGGUUCGAACACAUCAAUCAAACAGCCAGAUCAGUCCAUCGUGAAACCGACAACCGUGUCAUCGGUAGAACCACACGUCCCUGAAACCAGCAACGAAAGUAUGGCACCCAAAGACCAGCCUGAUGAGCCCGCCGAUACACCCAGUGUGUCCCAGACGCCUGUCGGCACCACGAAAUCUUCUGGUUGGUCGUUUUGGUCCAAAGAUGCCUCCAAGGAUGCCACACCAGACAAGAACCAGGAGGCCGAAGCCGUCGAAGCGUCCCUGGCAUCAAAAACGCCGUCACGGCCAGUGUCACUUGAGCCUGACCCAGAAGCGAAUGUGAAUAUCAGCAAGAAAGGGAGCAUGAAAGGCAAGCCACCAAAAGGUUUUCCUCUCAAAUACGGAUCUGUAUCUACAAUCGAAGCUACUUCAACACCAUCACCACCCCUUGAGCCUCGACCGGCCGAUGCUACCGCCUCAAAACAGUUACAGAGAAUCUUGCCCAACCAGGUGCUACCGCAUUUCAGAGAUAUCUAUACGUUGGAGGAGUCGCCCUCACUCUUGAAGUCUCUUGGUAGACUUCUUCAUUAUAGCAAAGGACCAGAGCAUCAGCAUGUUUGCAGGGUCAAAGACCCACCUCACAUCAAACGCGCUCUGGCCAUCGGUGUACAUGGGUAUUUCCCAGCCCCGCUGAUCCGGAGCGUGCUCGGACAGCCCACGGGAACCUCGAUCCGAUUUUCUAGCAUGGCAGCAGAUGCUAUUCGAAAAUGGACCGAAGCUCAUGGCUACUCAUGUGCCAUUGAGAAGAUCGCGCUAGAAGGCGAAGGCCGCAUUGCGGAUCGCGUCGAUUUGCUUUGGAAGUUACUAUUAAACUGGAUGGAGGAGAUUCGCAAAGCGGAUUUUAUCAUGGUCGCAUGCCACAGUCAGGGCGUGCCGGUGGCGAUCAUGCUAGUUGCGAAGCUGAUCUCGUUCGGCUGUCUGAGCGUCGGAAGAGUGGGGAUUUGUGCUAUGGCCGGCGUGAACCUGGGCCCAUUCUCGGAUUAUCGGUCUCGAUGGAUUAGUGGAUCUGCCGGAGAGCUCUUUGAGUUCGCCCUGCCUUUCAGCAAAGUCUCACGAGACUAUGAGGCAGCGUUGCGUUGCGCUCUUGAUUUUGGAGUUCGCAUCUCUUAUAUCGGAAGCAUAGAUGAUCAGCUCGUCUCUUUGGAGUCUUCUCUCUACUCGCCCAUAGCCCACCCAUACAUCUACCGAGCCGUCUUUGUAGACGGCAGAGUUCAUGCCCCGAGUUUCCUCUCCCACCUCGUUGGCUUUGCUCUCAAACUCCGAAACCUUGGCAUUUCAGACCACGGUCUCAUUCGCGAACUCAGCCAGCCACUGGCAGGCAGCCUCUACACAGGAGAAGGGCAUUCACGUCUAUACGAUGACGAAGCUGUAUACCACAUGGCUAUCGAAUUCGCCCUCGAAACAUCGUCGGUCCCCGACGCCACCCUCAACAUCAAACGGGCCAGCCCCUCUACCGCUCCGAACCCGUAUAUUCUUCCGUUCGCCAUGCGCGGUCUUCUCGAGGAGGAGUAUGUGCGCCGUGAGCUGCACGACGAAACUAUGGAGUUGCUUCGCCAAUUCGAUGAUUGGAAGCCUCUUAGUAAGGUCUUGAAGGAUGUCAAGUUCCGGCUUGAGGGUAUUCGAUCGAAGCUUUAG